GGGACCUGCAUUGGCUCUCACCGUGGAAUACCAGGAAAAGUAGGCAAGGGUCAGGCAGCCCUGAGCGCAGGGUGCUUUGCCGGACUGCCUCGGUUUCUUGCGGCGGCUCUGUCUGUCCUCUGCUGCUGGCGCUUGGCUCCUGUGCCUCCGCUUCGUGUUUGAAUCUGGCUCGCCCCUCCGUAUUAUGUCUGCACUCCGAAGGAAAUUUGGGGACGAUUAUCAGGUAGUGACCACUUCGUCGAGCGGCUCGGGCUUGCAACCCCAGGGGCCAGGGCAGGGCCCGCAGCAGCAGCUUGUACCCAAGAAGAAGCGGCAGCGGUUCGUAGACAAGAACGGCCGGUGCAAUGUGCAGCACGGCAAUCUGGGCAGCGAGACCAGUCGCUACCUCUCGGACCUCUUCACCACUCUGGUGGACCUCAAGUGGCGUUGGAACCUCUUCAUCUUCAUCCUCACCUACACCGUGGCCUGGCUCUUCAUGGCGUCCAUGUGGUGGGUGAUCGCUUACACCCGGGGCGACCUGAACAAAGCCCACGUCGGCAACUACACUCCUUGUGUGGCCAAUGUCUACAACUUCCCCUCUGCCUUCCUCUUCUUCAUCGAGACCGAGGCCACCAUUGGUUAUGGCUACCGCUACAUCACUGACAAGUGCCCCGAGGGCAUCAUCCUCUUCCUCUUCCAGUCCAUCCUGGGAUCCAUCGUGGACGCUUUCCUCAUUGGCUGCAUGUUCAUUAAGAUGUCCCAGCCCAAGAAGCGCGCUGAGACCCUUAUGUUUAGCGAGCAUGCAGUGAUCUCCAUGAGGGACGGAAAACUCACACUCAUGUUCCGGGUGGGCAACCUGCGCAAUAGCCACAUGGUAUCCGCGCAGAUCCGCUGCAAGCUGCUCAAGUCUCGGCAGACACCUGAGGGUGAAUUCCUUCCCCUUGACCAACUUGAACUGGAUGUAGGUUUUAGCACAGGGGCAGAUCAACUUUUUCUUGUGUCCCCUCUCACAAUUUGCCACGUGAUCGAUGCCAAAAGCCCUUUUUAUGACUUAUCCCAGAGAAGCAUGCAAACUGAACAAUUCGAGGUUGUCGUCAUCUUAGAAGGCAUCGUGGAAACCACUGGAAUGACUUGUCAAGCUCGGACAUCAUACACUGAGGAUGAAGUUCUUUGGGGUCAUCGUUUUUUUCCUGUAAUUUCUUUAGAAGAAGGGUUCUUUAAAGUUGAUUACUCCCAGUUUCAUGCAACAUUUGAAGUCCCCACCCCUCCGUACAGUGUGAAAGAACAGGAGGAAAUGCUUCUCAUGUCCUCCCCUUUAAUAGCACCAGCUAUAACCAAUAGCAAAGAAAGACAUAAUUCUGUGGAGUGCUUAGACGGACUAGAUGACAUUAGCACAAAACUUCCAUCAAAGCUGCAGAAAAUUACUGGGAGAGAAGACUUACCCAAAAAACUCCUGAGGAUGAGUUCUACAACUUCAGAAAAAGCCUAUAGUUUGGGUGAUUUGCCCAUGAAACUCCAACGAAUAAGUUCAGUUCCUGGCAACUCUGAAGAAAAACUGGUAUCUAAAACCACCAAGAUGUUAUCUGAUCCCAUGAGUCAGUCUGUGGCAGAUUUGCCACCAAAGCUUCAAAAGAUGGCUGGAGGACCUGCCAGAAUGGAAGGGAAUCUUCCAGCCAAGCUAAGAAAAAUGAACUCUGACCGUUUCACAUAGCAAACACCUCUUUAGGAAUUAUUUAAUGUUUUGAUUUAGUAUUAGUCCAAUAUUUGGCUUACAAAAUAAUCCUCCUUAGGAAAUCUGAGAGGUCUAUGCGCGUCUAGCAAGUAUAUUUGAGAACUGUUCAUUCCAGUGUUGUUACUUUGCAGAACAUGAAUUACGAAGGGAGGUCAUCAUAAGGAAGUUAUUAGUGGGCAUGUAUUAUCACAUCAAGCAUGCAAUAAUGUGCAAAUUUUGCAUUUAGUUUUAUGGCAUGAUUUAUAUAUGGCAUAUUUAUAUUGAAUAUUCUGAAAAUAUAUAUAUAUAAAUAUAUAUUUGAAGUGGAGAUAUUCUCCCCAUAAUUUCUAAUAUAUGUAUUAAGCCAAACAUGAGUGGUUAGCUUUCAGGGCACUAAAAUUAUAUACAUGUAUACAUACACACAUAUGAACACACACACACACACAAACAGAUAACAUACCCAUACAAACAUAUAUAUCUAAUAAAAAUUGUGAUGUUUUGUUCAAAUUUGUAUUUCUUGUGCAUGUUUACUUUAUUAGAAUAGGAAGGCUGCUGGCAUUGAUUAUGAAUACCAAAUAUUUUAGCCUUAAAUUAUUUGUUCUUUAAAAUCUGAUUUAAUGUUUUCUGCUGUUAAGGUCAUGGAAUCUUUCAAUUGUACUUUAUCAAUCUUGUGGUGAUCAUGGCACCACAGACAGAGACAUCAUGAUUAUGUAUUUAAUUUGUAAAUUUUAGAGUGUGCCGGUACCUGGUACAUACCAUUGAACUUUUCUUAUGAUUUUUAGAAGUCACUAGAACUGGGGUCAGGUGAAUAAGUUUAUCAAUUCAUCAAUUAGUCUUUUCCUAGACUAAUAUCUCUAAGUUUGAUUUGUACGCAAUCUAAUAAAAAUAUGAGCUCUGAACAAAUGCUGAAUCAUUGAAAUAAUCAUUAGCCAGGUUAUAUUUGAAUGUGUUAGAAUUUGUGUGAUAUUUACAGGGUAAUGAUUCCUCUUCCAAAAUGAUCUGAUUGCAAAUGUUUUCUUCUUUUUCUGGAACUUUUGUCAUCCAUAAAAAAAAAAAAAAGCCUUGAUCUUUCAGUAGACAUGACAGUACAAUGAAGCUGACGAAGCACUCAUGCUAAAAGGUCUAUGUGUAAUAGAGACUUUUAUGCUCUUCUCUUUUUUAUGCCAUCUGUCAUGAAAGGAUGGGUUUGUUCCUUAUCUGGGGGAAUAUAUCCCAGACCUCAGUCAUAAUUUAGCACAGACCUGAGAGAGAUUAAAAUCACAAGAAUUAAAAAUGUUAGUAUACUCAGGAUUUUCUGGUUUUGUUUUGGUGUUGAACAAUUUUUUUUGAUGCCUUGGAUCCCUGGCCUCCAAAAUAAGUUUAGCAGUACUCUAUUUCAACCCCCAACAUCUGGCUAGAAUCAAACUUGAUCAGUAGUACACUUUCAACACAGGUUUUAGGGUGAGGAGUUUUUAAAAAAAAUGCUGAAUGACUUCUUGGUAUAUUCGCAUAGGUUUUCCUAUAUAAUUUCUUUGGAAUUUGCAAGUGAAAUUGGCUCAGAAUUAACUCACUUCUCAUUGAUAUGUAAAUCGCAGAUGGAUGGUUUGAGCACACAGUAUUUAUGGUUUAGUGAUCUUGUGAUCAUUUUAUUAGAGGCAAAUUAUUACAUCAACAGUAUAUCAUCCACGAUAUCUUCUGGCUACCUCUGUAUCAACCAAAUUCUGUAGGUGCAAACACAUACCAGGGAAUGAUUACUGGAAAAAUGAUCAACUAUAGCAUCCAUCCACUGUGAAUAGGCAGUUGCCUUACCCCUUGAUCACUAAAUGUUCUUAUUUGACAGAUGAAGAUGAUAAAAUAUUAGCAGGAACAAAAAGGGGGGACCAGUGGGUAUGGAAUAUUUAGCAGUGGAGGAAGCUGCAUAGAUCAUUUAGUCCAACACCUUAAAACUAUACAGAGCCAUAAUAUUCUUUGGAGAGUCAUUUUAAUUUGUUUUUGGUAUUGUAAAGAAGAACCAAAAACAAACUCUCUGGAUUUAUUCAUUUAACAAAAAUUGUUGCAUGCCUUCUUUGUCCUAGGCAUUGUAUUUUUUUUCUUUUUUAUAGUUUAGUUCCUGGGGAUUUAGAUAUGUACACUGUAUUAGGAGGAAAGUGUGGAGAAGAAAGAGAGAGACAGUAUCCAAUAGUCAACAUUUCAAUUAUGAAAACGAAAAUAGGGCAGAAACAGAAACGGCUGUGGGUUGAUGAGAGCUCAGAAGGUGACACAGAGGGAGGUAACAUUAGCAUUGGUACUUCAUGACAAGAAAGAGCCAGUGUGGCCAUAAUAAAUCAAUUGAAGAGAAUAGUACACUUUUACCUUUUCCGCAUAUGUGUGGGAACAGUAUGAUUUCUGCAUGUACUUGCAGUUUAAUCCCAAUUUCUAGGUUGAUUACAGGAUCCAGUCUGCCCAGGAAAAUUGCAGUUUAUACUUGUUGUACUUGUGUAAUUAUUAGUAUUCCUCUCUUUGAUUCCUAUUAUGUCCUGGUUUGGAUGAUAUAUGGUAAAGUUUUGUUGAUGCUAACAAAAUUAUCGAGUCUAAUAUAUUUGGAAAAAAUAAAGAAUUGCUUUAC